CCUCCUGCAGAUUAGGCUUUUCUAAAAGCCUGAGCAUCUUGUUAUACAUAUAGGCGAUCAUUGAUCAUUUGGUCAUGGCUAGCAUCAUUACUCAUGUGGGUAAUAGCCGGCGGCAAAACACACCCUUGCCUCCUUGGGCCCCUUCCAUGUUGAGGUCUUUGGGGAGGAGUCUUGGUCCUUUAAGGUUCAACAUGGCAGAAAGAAACAUGAAUUUGUUUACCUGCAGAGCGGUACCAGCCCAAGGGGAAGAAACCUUUGAAAACUGGCUAAUCCAAGUCAAUGGGGUCCUGCCAGAUUGGAAUAUGUCUGAGGAGGAGAAGCUCAAGCGCCUUAGGGGCCCUGCCCGGGAGGUCAUGCAUUUGCUCCAGGCAGCCAACCCCAGCCUAAGUGUGGCAGAUUUCUUAAGGGCAAUGAAAUUGGUGUUUGGGGAGUCUGAAAGCAGUAUCACUGCCCAUGGUAAAUUUUUUAACACCCUGCAGGCACAAGGGGAGAAAGCCUCCCUUUAUGUGAUCCGUAUAGAAGUACAGCUCCAAAAUGCAAUUCAGGCAGGGAUCAUAGCCGAGAAAAAUGCAAACCAGACUCGCCUACACCAGCUCCUUUUAGGGGCUGAGCUGAAUGGGGACCUGCACUAUAGGCUGAAGCAUCUUCUCAGGAUGUAUGCAAAUGAGCAGGAGUGUUUUCCCAAUUUCCUGGAGUUAAUCAAGAUGAUAAGGGAGGAGGAGGAUUGGGAUGACACUUUUAUUAAUCGGAAGCAGGCCAAGAGAUAUGAGUCAAUGUUGGAGAGGGCAACCAGCCCAGUGGCAUUUCAGGGUUCCCUACGGAUAGUGAUCGGCAGUGCUGACUGCAAUGUGAUAGAGCUAGAUGAUAUCAUCAAUGACUCAGAUGAGGAUGUGAUCCUGGUAGACCCUCCACUUCCAUCCAUGGGUGCCCCUCCCCUCAGAGACAGGGUCCCACCUCAGGAUCAGACAUUGGUCAUUGAUUCCCCCAACAGUUCCCAGGUCCAGUCUCCUUCCAUCAGUGGUGGUUCCGGGUAUAAGAAUGAUGGUUCUGGGGAUAUGCGUAGAGCCAGGAAGCGAAAAUACACAACCCACUGUUCAUAUUGUAGAAAAGAGGGCCACUCCAAGGAAACCUGUGACAAUGAGAGCAAAAAGGCCCAGGUAUUUGAGAACCUGAUCAUCACCUUGCAUGAGCUGAUACCUACAGAGGAGGAGGGGUCAAAAGAGGUACCCAGUAAAAACAAUGAUCUCUGAGCCACAGUAAAG